GGCAGAAGCUGCCGCGCGGUUCCUGGGAGCGGAGCGCAGGUUCAGCGAAGGCGGGGAGCCGCCGGGUGAAACGAGGGGAGAGAUGUCGGAGAAAAACAGCGCGCUUCGAGGCGGUUAUCCUGGGAAUUAACCGAAAAAAAAAAAACCCCACACAUGCAUGUGCGAACCCGGUUUGUCCGUCGGAGGAGCGCUAAUAGCGAAGCUGUAGCCCUGCCGCGAAGCGAAACAACCAGCGGCGGUUGGAGCGGAGUGGGAGUUGGUGCGGCCGGCGUGACGUCAGAGCCGCCGGUGCUGCGAGUUCUCAGAAUAGACUUCUAGGAAACGGUAAAUUUUAAAAGCCAAGCCUUUACACUCUGUCCUUCACACAUCGGGAUCUCAUUCUGGCGACAACACACUCCAACACAGUGCUGCGGAGAGCUGAGCUUUACAGUAGAGCCGCUUUUAGGUCGUUUCUAUUAUAUUUUAUUGUUGUUUUCCUCUCCGCUGAUCAGUGUUAAGGACAGGACUGUUUGCGUGCGCGGAGCUCUUCGGGUUACAAUCGAGCUAUUCAUACAUGAAACCCAUGUCACCGCGGAUUGUUUGUUAGCCAGAUUUUUCUUUUUUUUCCUCCUUUUUCUUUAGAUAUAUUUUAGUCUCUGUAGGUUUUGGUUGUUUUCUGAAGAAAGUCCGACUGGAUUUUAGCCCAGAGGAGUGAAGAAAUAGCAUGAUUCUUUGUGUACCCGGUCCUGGAGCUCAUCUGCCCACUACCCCGUCCACUGAAUCCCCGCGGGGUAUGCGGGAAGGAAUUGUAACCCCCACUCCCUGCCUCCAAAGCACCAGUCCACGAUGGGACCCCACAAAAGAUCUGAGGGCCAUUACCAGCAACUUCUGCUACCUAGAAAAUUCAGGAUGGUACUGGGGAGCUGUGACUGCAGCCCAGGCCCACGCUGCUCUUCAGCAGGCAUCUGAAGGAGCCUUUUUGGUACGGGACAGCAGUCACCCUCUGUACAUGCUGACCCUGUCGGUCAGAACUGCCCGCGGCCCCACAAGCAUACGGAUCCAGUACAGCUGCGCCCAGUUUCUGCUCGACUCCAGCUCCCCGGCCAGACCCAGCCUGUCAUCCUUUCCCAACGUUCCCAGUCUGGUGCAGCACUACAUGGGACCAGAGAGAAAGGCAGAGGAGGGAAAAGUGGAGGAGGAGCCCCCUUCAAAAGCCUCUCAGCAGGGCAUCCAGGAGACCACAGUGGUACUAAAACUCAAGCAGGCUCUGUACAAGCCCCAAAGCCUCCCCUCUCUUCAGCACCUCACACGCCUCGUCAUUAACAGACAAACUGACUGUCCUGAUCAGCUACCACUCCCGAGGCCCCUGCUGCGUUACUUACAGGACUAUCCCUUCAAGGUCUGAGGGGGGGUGGAGGAGGAGAAGAAAGAGGAGGUUCACCGAAUCACUAUUAACAGCUGAAUCUCAGCUUACUUAAAGGAAAAAGAAAAAAAAACACUGUUAAGCGGGCCCUUUGUGCCCGUAAAAGACAUUGCUGCUUCAGCAGUUGGAGGCCAGUUGCAAAAAUACUGGACACAGGGUGAUGUUUUUGGUGACAAAAUGUGUACAAAUUCAGUUAAUACUGACGUGUCUGGUUUCAGACUUAAAUUGUUGAGGACUGGAUGUCGAAGCACCCCAGGAAAAAGGAAAAAAACAACAACAACAACAACAAAAACUUGUGAGAAACAUGAAGUACUGUACUCUGUUUUAUGAUGGAUGUGGAAAAUUGUCCAUAUCUUCCCCCCUCCCUCAUCAGUUCUGGAUGUAUAUAGUUUCCUGAGAAGUACACUGAUUACACUGAGACAUCUUUUAUGCCAUUUUAUUUUUGUUUUCUCAGUACAGCAUCUUUUUGUACCUUUUACAUGUGUACAUUUUUCUAUUAAAACCACCAGCUGGA